AUGCAGCUCUUCAAGGAAGCAAUUGAUGAAUGUGGUUUUAUAGAUUUGGGCUUUUUAGGGUCUCAGUUUACUUGGCAGAAACACUUUUUUAACGAUCAUUCUAUUUGGGAAAGGUUGGAUAGAUGUUUGGCUAAUAAUGAUUGGUUGAUUAAGUUUACUGGUUCUAAAGUGCAUCACUUGCAUUGUAGUACUUCAGAUCAUAAUCCACUAUGGAUUGUCCCUGAUGGUAUAGAAACUACUAGACCAUCUAAACCUUUUCGUUUUGAAGAGAUGUGGCUAUCAGAUAGAGGUUGUGAUGAAACUAUUGAAGUAGUUUGGAAUAACAUUAAUCAUGCGGAUCCUAGAAUUCGAAUUGUCAACAAGAUUAAUAAGUGUGGAAAAGCUCUUACUUCAUGGAGUUGGAAUUGUUUUGGUGGUGUGAAGAGGGACUUGGAACAAGCAAAGAAAAUAUUAGUGCAGGCCGAGAAGGAUGCAAUGAUUUUAGGGAUUAAUUUUUGA